AUGUUUGCCAAGAAAACACAACCAAAGUUUGGAUGCUUUAGUAAUGUGUUUGUUGUUUUGGUUCGUUCUUCAAGAUGGCGAAAAGCUUCAAAGUGCAAACACCAUAUCCAGAAUCUGUUAUGUUCAAUCAAAAUACAUCGGAGACGAAGAGAGACUAUGGUUAGACAAUCCCGAUCCGAUAUCGCGGAGCUCCUUCUCGAUGACCGCUUUUCAGAUGCACUUCCCAAGGCGAAACAAUUCUAUGAAGACGAGAGAAGGUUAUCGGCCUACGAUCAAGUCGAAUACUUAUGCACAUCCAUCUUAGAGAAUUUCUCUCCUUUUAUACAUCAAGGCGAUGUUAAUCUCUUACCGGAAGAAACUAAAGAAGCAAUGGCCGGACUGAUAUUUGCGGCAUCAAGAAUCGGCGAGCUUAAGGAACUUCAACACAUAAGGAGUUUGUUUUUUGAAAGAUUUGGGUGUGCGUUUGACAAAGACAGUGUAGAUUUGCGUCCUGGAAACCUCGUGAGUUCUGAGAUCAUUGAGAUUCUAGACACGAGAAUGCCGCAAGAAGAAAUUACUCCAGAGAUGAUAAUUGAAAUCUCCCAAAAUUACCAAGCCAAUGUCACUACUUCUGCGGAGUCAAGUGAAGAUUUAACGUCAAAUAAAGUUAUGAAGGAGAGUUCGAAGUUUCUGCAUCCAAAUCUUGGAGAGUCUCAGGGUAGAGAUCGAUCAUCGUUCAUGAGAUGA